AACUAAUUUAAAUAUUCCAAACUUAUCCUUAUAAUCAUUAAACAGAUUUCAUCUUUAUCAUCGUAAAUCCAAAGACCUAAGAUUUCCGUCGGUUACGCCUUCCUCUCCGCCCACCGGUUCAUACACGAUCUUAACCCUUCAAUUUCCAAAGAUGAUUAUUAUUGCCCUAAUCUCCGACCUCCUCCGCCAUGUCCCUCAUCAUCGUCCCCAGAUCCGACGCCCAGCUCCUCCCCUCGUCAUCGUCGUCGCCACAUCGACGCCCAGCUACUAGGCAGCGGAAUUAGGAAAAAAUGAAUGGAUCUUGUGAGGGUCGGCAGCGAAAAUCGUUCGAUAAUGAGGAGGCACAGUCCGGCGUAUUAUAGCCCCCCGCGAAGAGGUUAUGGUGGUGGAGGAAGAAGUCCACCAAGGAGGAAUUACGGCGGCGGCGGCGGGCGCAGGGAAUCUGGUCAGAGUCUUUUGGUUAGAAACAUUCCCCUGAAUUGCAGAGCGGAGGACCUCCGCGCCCCAUUUGAAAGGUUUGGGCGAGUAAGGGAUGUUUAUUUACCGAAGGAUUAUUAUUCUGGUGAGCCCAGGGGAUUUGCAUUUGUGGAGUUCAUUGACCCUUAUGAUGCUGCGGAAGCUCAGUAUCAGAUGAAUCGGUGGCGAUUUGGUGGAAGAGAGAUAACUGUGGUGGUUGCAUCUGAAACAAGGAAAAGGCCUGAGGACAUGCGUCACAGAUCAAUACAUAAUGGGCCUUCUCGUUAUGAUGAUCGACGAUCUUCUGGACAUGGCCGCUCACGUUCUCGUUCGAGGUCACGUUCACGUUCUCCUUACCGCCAACCUACUUCUGGAGCCCGGCAUACAUCUAGGUCAUACUCUCCUGCACCAAGACGAGAAGGUGGUUACUCCCCAAGAAGGCAAGAUGAUUAUUCAAAUAUGAGAAUACGCAAUUACCCUUGCAUCCCUGAGUUCAGGGAUCUUGUUCAAACAGUUGCAACUGCUUCUAUAGACCAAUCUAUAUAUUGGAUUGCCUGUGUGUUAAAUAUUUUCUAUAAAGCUUCAUUUAAUUUUAUAGGCCGCUCACGUUCUCGUUCGAGGUCACGUUCACGUUCUCCUUACCGCCAACCUACUUCUGGAGCCCGGCAUACAUCUAGGUCAUACUCUCCUGCACCAAGACGAGAAGGUGGUUACUCCCCAAGAAGGCAAGAUGAUUAUUCUCCAAGAAGAGAAGAUGAUUAUUCACCAAGAAGGCAUUCAGACCAUGCAAGGUCCCCAAGGGAUUAGCCAGAAGGACGUGAUGAGGACUAUAAUCGCAGAUCACGGUCUCCAGGGUAUAUCAAUGCUAACCAAAAUCAACCUGACAAUGGUCAUGCAGAAAAAGAUUUCUAUGAUGACGAUGGGAGGAGACGCUCUAUCUCAAGGUCUCCAAGACGUGCUUCACGUUCGCCUUAUGGUUCACGAUCCAGGUCUGCAGACUUGUCCCCAGGACGCAGCAGAUAAAAGGAUGAUGCGGGUUUUGUCUACUUUGUUUCUGCGAUGUAUUCUGCUAUGUCUUCUGGAAUCCAAUGUUCGGACCCGUAGAUUUUAUAAGUCUGGACCUACCUGUAUUUUCAGGUCUUGCAGAACUUUUUUAGUUUCAUAUCUGACUCUAGGGUGCCUUUUCUGUCUCUGCAGACUUUUUGAACAAUUUUAUGCUUAAACUUAAUUACAACUUAUGUAGUCGUUGUUGGCGGUGAUGGUGUGGAGAGGGUGAUAGCUCUAGCACCAAUGUGGAAUCUUAUUGUUGCUAUGAAAUGUGAACUUUUGAGGUUAAGAUUUGACCAAGAUA